AUGUCAACAUCCACCCCAGAUACCACUUCGGAUGUAUCUGUCUUUCAACCAUUACCGUUGUUUCCUGUCUGGUGCGACCUCCAGACGCCAUUCGACGAUGCGAUGCCUGAAAGCGAUCAUGAUUCGGUGAUUCCAGCCCAACUUUCGUACCUUGCCAUAUAUAACCCGACCCUCGGACCUACCGACGAGACGAUAGCGGACCAGAUCGUGUUCUAUACUUCGAAAUCGAGCUAUGCACGGCGCAUCGAUAGCUCCACGGUAGAAGGUGAAACAAAUAAAAGCCUCGAAGAUGAAGAGAAUGAGAGAUUGCGCCAGAUAGGUCUGGCGCAGGGGAUGGUCAACUUUGCUAGCAACUUCUCGGCUGGAAAGACACUGGAGUAUGUUGAAACAGACAAAGCACGGGUCGUUCUGCUUGAGCUGGAGAAGGACUGGUGGAUUGUUGCCUCUAUCGACCUGACUCGAAUACCCGCUGAGAGAUCCCCUGGAGCAUCCGACUCUCCGGCAUUUUACUAUUCUUCGCGAGAGAUGGGACCACCGCCUCUACUGAUCCAGCAAUUACGUCGCGCCCAUUCGGAAUUCCUCCUACACCAUGACUACAAUUUGGACGACAUCCUCCAUCAAGUCGGCAGGUCCACAUUUUGUUUGUUCCUGGAGCGUUUCUGGGAGAAAUUUGCGUGGAAUUGGGAACUUCUGUUGACCGGAAACCCAAUUAUCGAAAUCUACAAUGGCAUCAAACUCUCCGCGGGAGGAGAGUUGGGGAUCGGCGUCGGGGAGGAAGAGUGGGGCAGCGGGGAAAGAGAAGUACUUGAAGACUUUGUGACAAGGACAGACGGGUUGGUGGACUUGGUUGUCUCCAGGUUUGGUGAUCUAUCCUCACAGUUCGAGGAGUCUCCGGCUUUGACGGGGUCAAAUAACCAAAGUCGAUGGCUUGGGGCAGACAAUGAUCCUCAACCAUCCGAUGGUGUGGUAUUUACUGGUGUCGGUGCUCUUUCUCGGCACUCAUUGGUGCAUGUAUCACACUGGAUGGAAUGCAUUUAUCGGUUUGGCGAUGCUGCGUAUGGAGUUGGGCGGGACCCAACCUCGCUGCGUCGCCGCAAACCACGGAAGCAGCGUGGAAGGCGAAUUUCAGAAGAUGCCCCUCGGCGUUCCACAUCGGAUCACGAUUUUAAGCCAGGUAUACCUCGUCCGCUGAUAACAGCAGCACCGCAGCCACCCCCGGAAUUUAAUGAGGGAAACCAAACAGGAACAAGAAAUGAGCCACCGCCACAUGGCAGCGAGCAGAACAGCGCGGACCUACAAUUUCCAACAGAGGCGGUCAUUAAAUACCUGACUCUUGGGUAUGGCUCUUCUUGGAGUUUCUCUCCAAAGUCGACACCUACGCCGCCUGAAAGUUCUACUCCAAUGCGAGACGAAUCCACUUCAAACACCUCAACCCCAAGGAAUCAGCCCAUUAGUGCUGUACAAUCGCCUCAAACCGGACUAAAAUAUCGAAACUGCACAAGGAACAGUUCUUCGGGUCAUUUUGUUCUUGGGCCUCGUGAUGAUCUUGAAAAAUUGGACGAUUUAGAAGAGCGAAGCCCAGAGCCCAAAUCGGAGAACGGCAAACCCAAGACUCGAAUAGUGCAUAGAACGCUGUAUGUGCACCUGGCAGAUGGUUUAACUACUACUCCUACAAAGCUCCAAGUCGUGAUAUAUGUGCACCAACCUUUUAUGUUCACAUUCCUCUUUGAUCCUCAAACACCAGCAUUAUCAUCGCCAUCACUAUACUCAAGCAUGCACCACCAACUUGGUCCUCUCCAUAAACCCCUUCUAUCAUCAACAUCUCCAACAAUGGCAGCAUCUCGAAUCGCCGUGUCCGAGACCUCCCCGGACCCCAAUAAACAGUUCUCCUCCCGGGCCCAGCCAGUCUACGACCUAGUCUACGACCCGUCUAAUCUAACCAUCCGCUCCUCCAUCCCCAACAUCCCCAGCAUGAGCAUGACGUCUCCCUCCGGCGAACCAACCAGCUCACCGCCCCACUCCCCAUCCCCCUCCCCCUUUCAACCAUCAACCCAAACACCCUGGUCCCGCAUUGAAAGCCUAGCAAUCCACCACCACCUCCUAUCAACGCACUCAGACACGCGGUCCCGCUCGCAAGAGCUCGAACGCACGAGCAAAACCCACCGCGGAUGGUGGGUCGUCUGGGUUCGUAUUCCACACAGCCCAGCCCAAACCCCAACCGCGCUAUCCAUCACCUCUUCGUCCUUCGCCCUAUCCUCCAUAGCCAACAACGAUGACUCAUUCCUUGCAAAUCAGACCCAAGCGUAUCCUGUUCCUCCACCUCGGGAGGCCUUCAUCGUCCGCAAAGCGAGUGACUACCUCUCCCCGGCAAGCCAUGGCCGUGUCAGCAGUGGCGCUCGCUUUUUCCGUGACCUAGGCGGUGCGUCUUCUUCCGCUGGCUUGACGGGGUCCUCCCAAGCUGCGGAUAUAGCUCCAUCGAAGUUGGUUGAGGGGCUUGGCAUGGACGCUAGGCGCUAUAUUGAGGGUCUGCUGAGUUUGAAUCGGUAG